AAGUAACGUUGAUGUGCCAUUCUUUUGCUCAAAAAAAAAAAAAUGUUGAUGUGCCAUUCUCAUCCCUAAUACUUCCUUCUAUUUUUGUGUUCUUCCUUCCAUCACCACGUUCCUCUAAAAAUUUCUCCUUUUCUUCUCCGUUAGGAUUUUCACUUUUUUUGUAUAUGUCUCUGUAUCCACUGAAAAAAGGAGAAGAAUUUUGAGUUGUAUCACUCUGUUACUCCGUCAUGAAGAUGAAAGGCGAAGAAGCUAUAGACCCUACAAUGAAAUAUCCAGGCGAGCUCACCCCAAGGGUGGUCCUCACUUGUAUCCUUGCUGCCACAGGUGGUUUAAUCUUCGGUUAUGAUCAUGGUGUUUCUGGUGGAGUUACGUCUAUGGAUUCUUUUCUCGAGAAAUUCUUUCCAUCUGUAUACGCACGAGAGGCUAACAUGAAACCUUCGUCGGAUCAAUACUGCAAAUUUAACAGUCAGAUCCUGACACUGUUCACAUCUUCUCUGUAUCUAACUGCUCUGAUUUCCGGUCUUGCGGCAUCCACGAUCACACGAAAGUUUGGAAGGCGUGUCACUAUGAUGAUUGGUGGUUUCUUCUUCGUCUCAGGUGCAUUGCUCAACGGAUUGGCCAUCCACAUUUGGAUGCUUAUCGUUGGUAGGAUGUUGCUUGGUUUUGGUAUUGGAUGUGCCAAUCAGUCUGUGCCCAUCUACGUCUCUGAGAUGGCUCCUUACAAGUACCGAGGAGCUUUAAACAUGUGUUUCCAAUUAUCUAUCACCAUAGGCAUCUUUGGUGCCAACCUUGUGAACUACUACUUUGCCAAAAUAUUGAAUGGUCAAGGAUGGCGUUUAAGCUUGGGGCUUGGUGCAGUCCCUGCUUUGAUUUUCGUUUUUGGGUCUGUUUUCCUCCCUGAUUCACCAAAUUCUCUUGUUGAACGUGGCUGCUUCGAAGAAGCCAAACAGGAGCUUAUAAGAAUCCGUGGUAGACCCAACAUUGAUGCAGAGUUUAAUGAUAUAGUUGCUGCUAGUGAGACCUCUAAACAAGUUAAACACCCUUGGGCAACCUUGAGGAAGAGGAAGUACAGGCCUCAGCUUGUUCUAGCAGUUUUGAUUCCCUUCUUCCAGCAAUUCACUGGCCUGAACGUGAUCACAUUCUAUGCUCCUAUCUUGUUCAGAUCAAUUGGCUUUGGAAGCACUGCUUCACUCAUGUCUGCUGUCAUCAUUGGCAGUGUUAAACCUGUCUCAACAUUGAUUUCAAUUCUUGUUGUAGAUAAAUUUGGAAGACGCACUCUCUUUCUUGAAGGUGGUUUUCAAAUGUUAGUUUGUCAGAUUAUCAUGGCAAUUGCUAUUGGUAUAGAAUUUGGCACAACUGGGAAUCCUGGGGUGUUGCCUAAGUGGUAUUCAUAUGUGGUUGUCACUGUGAUAUGUGUUUAUGUGGCUGGUUUUGCCUGGUCUUGGGGUCCUCUAGGAUGGUUGGUGCCCAGUGAAGUGUUUGCUCUUGAAGUUAGACCUGCUGCUCAGAGUAUUACCGUUGCUGUGAACAUGAUCAGCACCUUCCUCAUUGCUCAAUUAUUCACAUUAAUGUUGUGUCACCUGAAAUUCGGGCUGUUCAUCUUCUUCGGUUGUUUUGUCAUGAUCAUGACGAUUUUCGUGUACAAGUUGGUACCGGAGACGAAGGGAAUUCCGAUUGAAGAAAUGUCCAAAGUGUGGGAGGAUCAUCCCUUUUGGAGCAGAUUUGUCAGGUCAAGUGAUGAAGGCACUGAUAACUACAAGGGAAUUUAUAAAUCCUAGUUUAUGUUCAUUGUGGGUUAUGUUUCUUUUCAAUCUCAUGUUUAUGAUGCAGUUAAGAUUAAUGAAUUUGAAAACUUGUUUAUCUCGGUUAAUUCUUCGUAAUACACAAGCUUUCGAGUUUAUCA